AUUACCACAUUUUCACUAACUACCACUAGACGAUGCCAACUAACAAUCACGUACAAAAGGAGAAGUUUGCGGAGGAUCGUGCUCUGUUGAGCCAACAGAACAAAGAAUAUGCGGAGAGUCUUGCCAAGGAUAUUGCAAAGAAAGAAGAAAAGGAUAAAAUUAGAUUUGAAGCUGAACAGAAGGAGCUGAGGAAGAAAACCAUUCAGGAUUACAGAGAGAAGUUGAAAGGAACUGUAUCACAAGGACCCCUCCGUCUUCUAGUACGAUACCCCAAUGGUUCUCGAUUAAUUCUGAGCUUCUCCCCAUCACAACCGAUGACUUCACUUUUUGAUGCUAUUAUUUUGAAUCCGGCGUGCCCUGACUAUUUCUCGGUUCGAAGUGUCUAUCCUCGUGCGGAGAUUCAUUGCUAUCCAGCAUGGUAUCACACGAUUUUCAAUGCAGAAUUCAAGGAUGAAACAGAAAAAGGAGCAAAUAAUGUGGCGAAGGAGACGAAUGAAGUAAAAUGUCUAGAAACUAUUCCGAAUAACUCAAUCCUCUACGUGAAUUUGAUUCAAUGAAGUCAAACUCAUCUUGACUAU